AUGUCUAAUGAUUUUUCGCCUAAAGAACUAAUUGGAUUGUUGCGAGCGGAACGAAUGGGACGCGCUUUGGAAGAAGCGAUCUGUUACCAAGCCGUCUUAUUGGGAAUAACAAGAGCAUCUAUGAAUACUCAAAGUUUCAUAUCUGUAGCUAGUUUUCAAGAAACUGCUAGAGUUUUAGCAAAAAACAGCUCUCCUGGGCUGUAUCGAUUGGUUGAAAGGCCUGAAAGAAAACGUUGUUGUGGGGGGAUGAUACCUGUUGGUAGCGGCUUCAAAACACCUUUAAGCGAGCCUAACAACAUUGUCUUUGAACUCCAAAAAAAGAAUUUAUUAGAGUGA